AUGAGAAACCAUACAAUAACAACGUUUAUCCUGCUGGGACUGACCAAUGAUCCACAACUAAAGCUUGUGAUUUUCAUCUUUUUGCUUCUCACCUACAUGUUGAGUGUAACUGGGAACCUGACAAUCAUCUUCCUCACGUUCAUGGAUUCACACCUCAAAACUGCUAUGUACUUCUUCCUACAAAAUUUCUCCUUCUUAGAAAUCUCAUUUACAUCUGCUUGUAUUCCCAGAUACUUGUACAACAUAUCAACGGGUGACAAGACCAUUACAUACAACAAUUGUGCCAUUCAAAUUUUUUUUACUGAUCUUCUUGGUGUAACAGAAUUUUUUCUCCUUGCCACCAUGUCCUAUGACCGAUAUGUAGCCAUCUGCAAACCCCUGCAUUACGUGACCAUCAUGAACAACCAGGUCUGUAGAAAAUUAAUUCUUUGUUGCUGGACAGCUGGUUUGCUGAUCAUUCUCCCACCACUUAGCCUUGGCCUGAAUCUGGAAUUCUGUGACUCUAAUGUUAUUGACCAUUUUGUCUGUGAUGCUUCCCCCCUGCUAAAGAUCUCAUGCUCAGAAACGUGGCUCAUAGAGCAGAUGGUCAUAGUCUGUGCUGUACUGACCUUUAUCAUGACCCUAGUUUGUGUAGUUUUAUCCUACAUAUACAUCAUUAAGACCAUUCUACUAUUCCCUUCUGCUCAACAAAGGAAAAAGGCAUUUUCUACCUGUUCUUCCCACAUGAUUGUGGUCUCCAUCACCUAUGGAAGCUGUAUCUUCAUCUAUGUUAAGCCUUCAGCAAAGGAAUCAGUGGCUAUUAACAAGGGUGUGACAGUCCUCACUACUUCCAUUGCCCCAAUGCUGAAUCCUUUUAUUUAUACCUUGAGAAACAAGCAAGUAAAACAAGCCUUCAAUGAUUCAAUCAAAAAAAUUUCAUUGCUUCUAAAGAAGUAA